CUUUUUGCACCUCUAGCGACCGCGACACGUGUUGGACCACAAAAUGAAUUUUAAAAAACAAAUUUUUCAUUUUAAACAUAGUCUACGACCUUUGUUAACUAAGAAAAAGAUGUAUUAACGAUUGACCAAUUUACUGCAGCCUGCAGCUCGAUUCCAUUUAGGAACCCUCACUUUUCCAUGGACACAACAAUGAUUUCGGAACUCAGCUUUAGGGAAGUGUGAUUCACAAUGGUCACGUCCAACGAUUGCAUUGGGUAAAUCUGCUAUAGGAACAUAUGAUUCACAACGGACAAAUCCAAAGACUACAUGGUCCAAGUCUACUUUAUGCCUGUCCCGUCGAUGGACAUAUUCGCAGCAAUGUCCGUCUUAAUUUGAAAUAGGAAAGUAUGAUUUUCAAGCGAAACCCAACGAAUGGACGUGAUUCAUGUUUCCCUUAUUCACUCGAGUCGCAGAGGUGAGAUUGGGAUAGUCUAGUGGUUGUAACUAUUACAAAUUAGCAAUUUUGGAUUGAUUUCCUCCAAUAAAACUAUAAUGAUAUCCCUUUUAGAUGCUACUUUGCAUACCACAAAUAUAUUUCGUGAAAAUUCAAAAACUUGGUUUUCAUUUAUUUUGGUCUUAAUCGAAACGCGGGCUGUAAUUUGGGUGCUGGCAACUCGAUGCGAGGAACAGCUGUUUGUAAUUCCAAAAAGGUUGGCAGUCUUGGCGCCAUCUGUUGGCCACAACAAUACUGAUAAGGCAAGGAAAAAAUCGCCGCUACCUUUCAAUUCAUUCAAGUGCACGAGAUCAAGAUCAACCUGUUUGCCAAAAUCCUACAAAAUGCUGCCCACCAAAACGGACUCCCGUCGACGUCUCAAUAUUGGGGGCUCCAUCCCGCCGUCUGGCGACUACGUCAAGGUGAUAGAUGACCAAAGUGAAACGGAUGGGUUCGUGAACGAGCAAUGGAUAGAACCAAACUUGAUACUUGAGCCAACGCCAUGGAAAACGAUACUCAUCAUCCUCACCCUGUUCAUAGGCGGCACAAUAUGUAUUGGCUUUGCCACCAUAGACUGGAUGGCGGAUAUAAAUCGCGAGCGGCUGGACCGUGUGUGGGCUUUGUCCAUUAUCGGAGCACUGACCAUUAUACCCGGCGGCUACUACAUGUAUGUGUUAUCCUGCGUUAUGCUGCAUCGUCGUGGCUACACCAUGGAUGAUAUACGACGACUGGGAUAGGGAUAGGGGAUUAACAUAUGUGUAUUUGUAUUUGUUUUUAUGUUGUACUAUGUUUUGUCAAAUACAGUUUUAUUGCAUUUA